AUGGAACGUUGGUCGGGAAAAGUCGCGCUUGUCACUGGAGCGAGCGGUAGAAUCGGCGCGGAGAUCGCGCGAACACUCGCGAUAAAAGGAAUGAAGGUUAUCGCCGUCGCGCGACGAGUGGACAAGCUGCAAGAGCUGGCCGCAGAUGUUCAACGAAAAUUCAACGCGAAAUUACAUUUCGUAAAGUGCGAUGUUGAAAAAGAAGAAGAGAUUCUCGAAGUGUUCAAGUGGGCAGAAAAGCAUCUAGGUGGUGUUGACGUUUUAAUUAACAAUGCCGGUAUCAUCUCAUGGGCAUCGCUCUCAGAAGACACCACAGAAAAUUUUCAUCGAAUGAUGAACGUAAAUGCGAUUGCGCCGGCAAUUUGUUCGCGCGAAUUUAUUCAGUCCGUCAAAAAACGGAAAGCGUCCGGUCAUAUCAUUAAUGUAAGCAGUAUAGCAGGACACAUUGCGGAAAUGAUGGAUCUAAGCAUGAGUAUAUAUCCUGCCAGUAAAUAUGCGGUAAGAGGUAUGGCAGCAACCUUACGCGGUGAUUUGGCAAAAGAAAAGUCAGACGUAAAAGUUACGAACAUCAGUCCAGGACCGGUAAAGACGGACUUCUUAGCAAAGUAUGCCAGUGCAGCAAAUCCUACAUUAGAAGAUAAGGAUAUUGCGGAUACGGUCAUCUACAUUCUGAGUAUGCCGCCUCACGUACAGAUAUGGGAUAUAACAAUAAUGCCGUUUCACAACCUAAACGANGAACCACCUUCAUCUUAAUCCUUUUGGUACAGAAAGCGCAAUAAAAAAAUANUUUGUGCUAACAAAUAGAAAAAGCUAACAAGCAAACGAAAACUUUUAAAUAAGCAGACUUGACUUCUGCGCAAUAUCUUUAGUGGCUCGUACAGUCUAUCUCUCCGUUUAAAGUUUAAUUAAGCAAGUGGAUUAUUGCGAAACUGUUAUUGAAAACGCGUUUAUGCGCUUAUCUAAGAGAACAGACUAAAGAGAAUUUAUUCUGACGUAUGCUAAUCUAUACAUCAAAAUAAUUAUGUUAUUUCUAAGCAAAUUUAUAUAUAUAUAUGCCAGCACUANUAACAAGAUUAACUGUAAAAAUAUAUCGCGAUCUUUAUNGGAAAACAAAAAAUAANUGAA